UCGCCGCUUCUCUGUCUUCUUUCAUUCGGAGCUUUGAAGAGACGAUAGCAAUGGUGUCGCUGAAGCUUCAGAAGCGGCUCGCCGCCAGCGUUCUCAAGUGCGGUAGAGGCAAGGUUUGGCUAGAUCCUAAUGAAGUCAACGAAAUCUCCAUGGCCAACUCUCGGCAAAACAUAAGGAAGCUGGUCAAGGAUGGUUUUGUCAUAAGGAAACCAACCAAGAUUCAUUCUCGAUCUCGUGCACGUAGAAUGAAUGAGGCCAAACGAAAGGGCCGUCAUUCUGGAUAUGGUAAACGUAGGGGUACAAGGGAAGCAAGGUUGCCCACAAAAAUACUGUGGAUGAGGAGAAUGCGUGUGCUCAGGCGCUUGCUCCGCAAGUACAGGGAAUCAAAGAAGAUUGACAAGCACAUGUAUCAUGACAUGUACAUGAAGGUGAAGGGUAAUGUUUUUAAGAACAAGAGAGUUCUAAUGGAGAGCAUCCACAAGUCCAAGGCUGAGAAAGCCAGAGAGAAGACCUUGUCUGAUCAAUUUGAGGCUAAGCGUGCAAAGAAUAAGGCAAGCAGGGAAAGAAAGUUUGCUAGGAGAGAGGAACGCUUAGCCCAGGGUCCAGUAGAGAGAGCACCACCACCUCCAGCAGCAGCAUCUGCACCUACAGCUCAAACCACACAGGGAUCUAAGAAAUCCAAGAAGUGAGAUGUGCAAGAAUCUGGGUAUUGAGGAUCGAUGACCUUGGAUCUUCUGUGUUCUCUCAUUGCUAUGAUUUUUUUGACCCAUAAAUUGAACCAAGUGGACUACUUGUUUGAAGCUUCCAUUAUCUUUUUCUCAAUGACCGGAUCCCGCACUGAGUUGUCUUCCGCCUAGUGCAUUUAGGGCCUUCUUCUUCCUAAAGAUUCUUUCAUCUUAAUAUGUUUUUCUUUACGUUUUAUGCUUAUUUUGUGUGGCAGCGUGUAGUGCAUAUCUAGAAGAAUGCUUAAAAUCUGGAUACUUGUAGUUUGUUCCCCCAAUGUUAGGGUUAAUUUCUUUCUUUUAUUGAUUUGUGCUAUUUAUGCUUUUUAUCCUGUGUUGUUUCAUAUGAAAGGCGUGUUUGGAAA